UAAAAAAAAGUUCAAAUUAAUAGACAAACCCAGACAUUGAUACUAUACAGUGAAGUAACAUUUCUCUACAAGUGUUUUUCUCAUGUACUCUUGCAAAAUCAAUAGCAAUAGCUAAACAAUAUGCUAGUACGAUUCAAAGGCAAAUUUCACGGUUUUACAGCCCUCUUUUCCUUGUAUAAUUUCAAAUCUCAAUAUCUCUACUCAACAACCACAACCCCCGACCCGACCCGGACCCGGACCCCUUUUUUGGUGAAAUACUUGGUUGAUUCUCUAGGAUUCUCCAAAGAAGAGGCAUUGUUAGCAUCUUCCAAGGUAACUUCAUGGAAAUCCUUAAAGAAUCCAGAUUUAGUCCUCAAUUUCUUGAAACAAACUGGUUUCGACAACACCCAGAUUAAAAAACUUGUUUCUGUAGCCCCCAGACUGCUAUUCUUUGAUGUUUCCAAAACCCUAAAACCCAAGUUCCAGUGCCUUAUGGAUCUCGGGUUAUCCGGGUCGGACCUGGUGAAUGUAAUGGUUAAAGAUGCAACAAUUGUUGAAAGAGGUUUAGAUACUCAUUUGAGACCUACCAUUGAUUGUCUUAGAAGAACUUUGGGUAGUGAUGAAAAUGUAGUUAAGGCUGUAAAGAGAGCUUCUUGGUUGCUUUCUUUUGGUGCUCAUCAUAAUAUGGAGAGUAAUGUAUUGUUGUUGAGAAACUCUGGUGUGCCUGAUGUGAGAAUAAGAAAACUUGUGCUUAGAAAUCCUAGAUAUAUUACACAAAAGAAUGAUUGGGUUAAGGAUUUGUUGCAUAGGGUGGAGAACUAUUUUGGAAUUCCGCUUGACUCUGCGAUGUUUCCUUAUGGAUUUCAUACGUUAGCCUCGCAAAAGAAGUCAAGGUGUGAAAAGAAAAUUGGAGUUUUCAAGAGUUAUGGAUGGUCUGAUGAUGACGUUCUCACGAUGUUUAGGAAGCUACCUUAUUGUAUUGCUUUCUCGGAGGUUAAAAUUAAGAAAAUAUUGAAUCUGUACAUGAAGGAGCUUGGUUUAGAACCUGAUUACUUGGCUUCUCAUCCUUCAAUUUUGAUAUAUAGUUUGGAGAAAAGGGUGUUACCUCGGAUGCAAGUAUUGAAAAUUUUGGAUGAAAAGAAGCUUGAGAGGAGAAAGUUGGCUCUUUAUAGUGUGGUGAGCAUAGCAGAGUCAAAGUUCAUAGAGUAUUUUGUGCUGCCCUACAAGGAUCAGAUUCCUGAUUUGUAUGAACCACUCAAGAAAAUUGUGGCUCCUUAACAGUUUUAGUUUACUUUUGGCACCAUGGGUGCUGAAAUCUUUCUCAAUUUUCAGUUGUAGUAUUCUGAAAUAAAAAUCAUUUUUGUCCUGAUAAAGCAAAAA